AUGGUCAUCUCUACUUGUCCGCUGGACGCUGUGUUGUUGCCAUUCAUUUGCAUGGUGCCUCUGGUGAAGUACUGUCGCAUCCUCUCGCCGACUUCAUUUGAUUUCAUACCAUUCUUGGCGAAAAUGCUACCGUUCGAAAAAGUGGAAUUUUUCCGAAGGCUUUUUCCUCCAAUAUUUGCUACCUUUUUAUUGAUCGCCAACAUAUUCGCCACGAACCAAGAAGUGAGGACAGGACGACUCUUCGAAGAAUUGGUGAAGUCAAAUAUGAAACUGCGAGAUGCGAUGGCGUAUGAAAAAACGCGAGUUGAUUACACGGUGAAAGAGUCCCCCGGCCCUGUAUGUCACUUCACCGAAUCGGCUGAAAGUCAACCACUCGAUGACGGUCCGGAAAUCGAUCUGGGAUCUGUUAUAAUGAGAAUUAUAGCGGGGCUGAUGAUGUUUGGUAUGGUGUAUUCGGCGUAUACUAGCGAGUAG